AUGGUAUCCGCUUCCUCUAGCACUAGCAGCGGUGUGCUGGACGGCUUCAAGCUGGUUCGCAUCCUCGACCAGGACCCCAAGCACAAGUCCGCCAACCUGCUCGGCGAGUUCGCUUCCACAGCAAACGACGGCUCGGCCAGCAUAGACCAGGCGGUGCUCAUCCUCGAAAAGACGCACUUUUCCGAGCAAUUCUACCGUCAGUUAGAGGAUCCGAACAGAGCACCCACAUCCGACGGAGAGCGCACGAUCAAGGCGCCGAAGCUCGAUGCCGAAGCUGCGGUACUCGACGGAACGGAGCGGGACGCCGUUUUUGCGGCUGUGAGCAAUCUGGGACAGAACGACGUCUACACGUGGCUGCUGGCAUGGCUCCAACGAUCCGCUUCUGACCCGGGCGACGCUGAUGUCAAGAUGACGCUCAUCCGACCGGCGACGCAGACGCACAUCGACAAGUACUCGGCGCAGCGCAGGGUGAUGGUGUACGAGACGCCCGAGAUGUAUGCGCGCAAGGUGCAGCCGUGGAUCGCCUCGUUCCCGCCAUCGCGCAUCCAGUGGGUGUACAACAUCCUCGAACACAAGAAGGAGGCCGACUCGAUCCUGUUCGAGCACCCCGAUACAGAAAGCGGCUUCAUCAUCGUACCGGAUCUCAAGUGGGACCAAAAGACAACAUCGAGCUUGUACAUCCAGGCCAUCGUGCACAACCGCGAGCUGACGAGUCUGCGAGACUUGACCAAGGACCACAUCGGGAUGCUGCAGAACAUCAAGGAUCAGGCGAGCAGGGUGGCGUUUGAAAGGUACGGCCUGGCGGGUGUGCAAGAGGGCAAGCCGGAUGGCAACGUGCGCUGCUUCUUGCACUACCAUCCCAGCUACUACCACCUGCACGUCCAUAUUUUGGCAGCGAGUUUUACGUCGCAUCCGGGCGCGGUGGUGGGACAGGCGCACCUGCUGGACGACGUGAUGGAUCUGCUGCGCCUGGGUGUGGAUAUGAAGCAACGCACGCUGGGCUACUCGCUCGGCACCAACAGCAAGCUCUGGUCGGUGCUGUACCCUGACGGCAACCCUUCAACUUGA